AUUGUCAACUGUCUAAUAGUCUUUUGUUUAAUUUCACGAAAUAUAUAUUUUUUCAUUUAAAAAAAAGGAGGUUAAAAAAAAAAACGUUGAAAAUAAUUUUUUUUUAGUGAAUGAUAUCAUGCUAUAAGCGUGCUUGGUGACGUGAGCUUUCAAAGAAUAAAAAAAGCAUGAAAAAAUGAUAAAAUAAAUAUAAAAAAUAUAAAAUUUCAUUUUUUUAUAUGUUGUGUUCGUUCACUCGUCGUUUUACCUUCUGUCAAUUGACGUGAAGAUCCUGCUAAGGAAAUAAAAACCCAAAAAAAAAAAAGAUAAAAAAAAAUAUCUCUUGCAAAAAUAAUCUAAAUAUAAAUAAAAAAAAUGUCAACUGAUUUUUCUGAAAAUCUAUAUUGCAUUGAGCAGAUAAAAAUACCCGUGACAUUUCCCAACAUUUUAAAAAUUUAUGCAAAAGCAGCAAUACGUACACAGCCUCUUGAUUUAUUACGUUGGACAUCAUCAUAUUUUCAUGCCCUUGCCAAAGGUCAGCCUCCACCAGUAAAGGAACGUUUUGAGUAUCUGCCUUUCACUCAUCCCACCGGAAUAACCCCAGGUUACCUGAGAACCCUCCUCAAUCAAUUUGACCGUUCUUCAUGCAACUAUGAAAGUAGUAGCAGAAUAAAAGUGGCCUUCAAGACCCUUUUUAAACGUUGGCAGGGCAUUGGUCUUUCUAGCGAUCUUCUGUAUCAGAUCUUGAUGAUUGGCCGUCUUCUACACACUCACAAUAAUAAGGAAAUUGACCUUUACCGUUUUCUUGCUGUUGCCUGCGGCCUUCUUGCCAACAACCUUCGAGAUACGUUGAUCCUUGUUUGUGAGUUAUUUACGGAUGAACCCAAGGGUGGAUCUGCUAUGAUACCACUGAGAACCAUGUUAAGUCUCUAUGGAUAUCUAGCAAAGCUUGAUUGUAGUGGUAUAAAUCCCAUGUUAACAAAUAUAAAAACCAGUGAAUUUUCACAAAUAUCAUCCUCAUUUUGUGAUAGUGAUUUAUUGUCAACAUUUAAUUCAAGAGAUACUGAAAUUACAUGCACGUGUGAGGAGAAUAAAGCUGAGACUAAUUUGUCCGAUGACAUGAAACUCUAUUCUCCUGAAGAAAUAACAGUAGACAGUGAUUCACUCGAGGAAGAUGAUGAUGAUGAUAAGACAAGAUCUUCAUGUUCUGCUCGUUUGAGCAUAAAAAUUGACAAGAAAUCGUCAACGAAAAUACCUGAAAAUAAUUAUGAAAAUGAGGAUUAUAAUAAUGGUAUAGAACAUGAAGAGUUUACAAACUUUGAAGAAGUUACUCCAACUUAUAAUCAUGAUGACAAUGAACAAACGACAUCGUCAGUGGACACUAUGGUUUUUGUUGAUAGUAAAAAUACUUUAGAAAAUCAAGAUGAUGAGGAUAAUUUUAUUGAAGAAAAUAACACAGCUAAUGAUAAAAGUUUUGAAUCAUCAUUUCAACAUGAUAACAUCAAUGAGGAAAUAAAGGAGAGUGUUGCUGCCGCAAAAAGUCAAAUUAAUGGGGAUGAGAUAAACGAGGUCGAGGGUAAAAUAAACCAAACAUCAAGUGGUGUAGAAAUAAUUUUACCAAAGAAAAAUUUUAAUAAUGAUACUGUAAAUCUUGAAGAAAGUUGUGAGUGUUGUAAGUGUGGAAUAAAUUUAUCAAGAACAUCAGUUGUAAAAGAUGAUAUUAUAGAAACUUCAACAAUUGAAUCAUCAUCGUCAUCAUCAAUGUCGUUGGAGAAUUUUUUUAAUAUAAAUCAAAAAGUAAAUUACAAUGUACCUGGUAUUGGUCCAAUUGUCAGUGACGAACAUAUAACUCGAGUUAAAAUUUGGCUGAUUGAAUGUGCUCAACGUCAACAAAAUCUCGUUGGACCACGUAAUUUUCGUCAUUUUUUAUGUCCCGAUCUUCAAGGUACCGAAAAUUUAUAAUCAUAAAUUUAAAAACAAAUUUUAUUAUUCUCAAAAUAAAAAUAAAAUUAAUUUAUAAAUUAUUAAAUUCACCAAACGAUGUAAUAAAUGUAUAUCAUAUAUAUAUUUUUAUGUUUUAAAAUAAAAAAAAGGUUAUAAAUUAUAUUACAAACAU